GAAAGACUGGGCGGGGGGUUGCCGGGGUCUUGUAGGCCUUUGCAGGGCUCAUUUGGAAAGAUUUGCGGUUUUGUGAGAAGCUGAGGGGCUGCCUUGUCAUGUCACAGAGGUGGGAGGACGCUUAGUUUUACUUGACAGUGCAGAUCAGCACAAGGAAGUUAGGGGAGGGUGCUGCCUCUUUAUACGUUGCAUGUGAAAGAAAAAAGAAAGGUAAACGCCCUGUAGGAAGAGUGUGUCACGUGGUUUUGAAGGCCACUGUGAUGAGAAUAUGAUUGGAGAGAAGGGUGUUAGAGCGACUAAAGAGGAAGAGCAGAGGGAACCCUUUCCUCUCAGGGAAGCAGCAGCGAUGGCAGUCGCGACUGCUCUGCCCCUUCAGCAGUUCAUUGCAUCGUUGGACGACACUUGUCUGCCCAAAAUUCUGCAAGUGUGCUCAGGAGUGUACUUCCAAGGUUCAGUGUAUGAAAUAUCUGGAAGUGAAGUGAGCUUCUCUACUGGCGAUCUCAUAAAGGUCAUCGGCCUCGAGCUGCUGUCAGUUUGCUGCGAAGACCUGAGCAACAAUGACAAGUUUGAGCUGCCCAUCAACCACACAGGUCUGUUCAAGGUUGUUCCGGAUGAGAUGCCGUUCAGCACAGUCGAGGAGAUGAUGAGCAUGAGGCCCGUGGGCCUGGAGUCCUGCCUCCCCUUCACUUUCACCAGCCGCUCCAAGAUGACCUUUGACAGUGUCACGCUGGGGGCUGGGAAAGCUCUAACAGUGCUCUCCAUAGAACAGCGUGAAGGCGAGGAGGAUCGGGUGCGCUGCCACGUUCAAGGACAACAGGAAGUCUCUGCUGAGGUGUUAAUCCCACUUUCUACACGCGGGGACUUUGUUGAGUGUGAGAGCAAGGAGUGCUACACGCUGCAGGAGAUCAUGUCCUCUCCUGGCCUGCGCAGUCGAAGAUUUCGCUUCGAAAACACCACCAAGUGUCAGCGUCCACUUGUCCUCAGUCCAAUACACCAGGUCAACGCCCUCAUGAACUUGAGGAAGAAUAUAUUAAAGUUUCCGUCCAGCCUGGAGGUGGAUGUGGUGGAUGUCACAGAGCUCUGUCAGGAUGUGAAGUUUGUGACCCCGCUCAGCCUGCCAGAGGUCAUCUCCCAGCCUGAUGAAUCCUUCCCUGCAGUGGUGAACGUCCUGGAGGGCCCAGACUCUCGCUCUCCGUUCAAGUGCAGCUGGCUGCCAGAACUUAGUAAGAGGAGCCAGCUGGUUUUCCACAGGAGAGGAACCUCCGCCAUGAUUUUAUUGUCCAGCUUGAAGAGCAGAAAGGCGCAGCAGUACUUCCUGGUUUCUCACCAAUACGGCGGGCGAUUCCGGAGGCGGCCCAGAGAGUUCAAUUCAGUGUACGAGCUCUACGUGGCGUCAAUGCAGGCGCCGGGUCUGAAGGUCAGCGUGACGAGGAACUGCGAGGAGGUCGAGGAGGAGGGCCUGCCUGGCCUCAGCGUGGGGGACCAACUGGAGGUUGUUCGCUGUGAAAGGAUGGAGUUGCCCUGUGAGAGCCCCACUGCGCAGAGGCAGUCCGUCGAGGCUCUUCUGUGUCAUCGUCUCCCGGAGCCGGACGAUGGGGACGAUGACGACGACGAAGAGGAGGUCAAGCAGGACGAGGAGAGGCAGGAAGUUCUCCUGCCUCUGUACAUGCCGGGUCACUUUUGUGAGGUGCUGAAAGAUAAGAAGAAGUACAGACUCAGGGACUUGGGGAAGGACUUUAGUUUGCCGCUCGAUGUGAAAGUGGUGAGCCGUGAUCCAGAUGUGGAGAGCGAUCCGCUGGCUGGGUUUGCAUGUCUCAGAAUAGAGGCGGCUAUGUUAGAGCCCGUCAUCCAGGCGAGCUUUCCAUACAGGUCAGACCGCUGUUUCGAGAUCCCAACCCGGUGGCUCUCUAUGUCUGUCGCUUUCACCACGGACCCCCUGCCAUGGCCCAGUGGCGAACCACCCGAGUGCCACUUGGACAGAGUCACUGAGGUGACCGACACGUUCUUUUAUGAAUUCCGCAAGCUGGAGAGCUCAGACGAAGCCCCUCCGCCCCGGCCACCGAAGCGAAACCUGUCUUUGGCGUCUUGCAAAAAAUCCUCCUCAAAAGCCUCAAAGAAAACAUCCAAACAUCGAACCGAUAAGAACGCCCCAACCAAAAAGUUAGCUGAUCUGACUUUAAAUAGCAAAAAGAGGCCUCCGGCUCCUCCCCCUCCGGCUAUUUUAGAAGACGAGCCUCCGCCGAUUGUACCCCGAAAGUCCUCAGGGGCCAACAAGACAUCAGGCAAGGCCCUGCCAAACACCUACGUGAAAAUGGAGGAGCCGAAGAAAAAAACAGCACCACUGUGUGAAGCUGAAGCAGAUGAGGACAGCGAACACGACUACGAGACUGUGGACGAGACUUUGUUGACGAUGAUGAAGGCAGCACAAGAGAAUGUCAUGUUCUACUGAAAGUAACGUCCUGCUGCAGCAUCAAAUGCGUGCGGUGGGAACUGAAUUCACACAGCUUGCACUUCUUUUUAAGCUCCCCCAUCUUGAAUGUUAUGCCGGCGUACAUAGGCAUAGUCUGGUAUUGUGAGACUUUUACAAUCUGUUCAUGAGCUCCUGCAUUAAAAUUAACGCUGGAAAUAAACUGGUUAGAUAUUUAAGUCAGAUAGGAAAUGAUUCAACUGUACAUUCCCUGACAAGAUAUUGCUCAUAUAUAAGGCUGUAGUGACACAGUACAGAAGUGCGUUUUGAUAAACCUGUCACCUUGUUUUUUAUCAGACGCUCAUGUACACUGUGGCAAAAGCGUGGAGGGGUGACAUCAUUACCACUGCUUCUCAUGUGGUCAGCGAAACCUCUCCAACCAUUCAUUUCGCUAAGACCACUUUACUCUGCCAGACUGCAGGUGCCUGUAUAUGUGCCUCAUACGGUAUCCUCAAACUUCUAUUGAACAAAUACUACCCUUGUCGCACUUGUCGUUGUAGUAUUUUGUUAAAAUAUGACAGUCCCUUUAUACUUUUUGUUCAAACUCGUCAGCAAAAUAGUUGAUCCAGCUUCAUGGUGGUUUUCAGGGGCUGUAGGUUGUAGUUUUCUCUACAACACCAUUUUAUCGUGCAAUUACAUUAUGUAGCCUAAUAUGAUACAGUAAACAUCCUUAAAAAAAAAAAAAAAAACGACCUGAGAUGCAUCAAAAAAGUAAUUGCUGGCUCAAACUCAAACUCCUAUAGCAUUUAUGGAAACUCUAAACAAAAAGAGCUCAAACUAGUCUUUACUGGCACAGUCCAAACCACAAAGACAACAUUUGGCUUCUUGCAUGGUCAAGAAUACUUGUGCUAGCAGCAGCAGAACUUCCUCCAGCUGUCACAGCAAACUGAUGAUCUGAGAGUAUGAAAAGUUGCCAAAUGUUUUGUCACACUAUACAUACGUGUGUUUAGUUUAUUUAUCAUUGAAUUAGCAGACUACUUUUUAACUGAGUACUUUGGAUUGACCGCUUUCUCCUAAAAAUGAAUGUAGGUUUUGCAUCUUUUCUUGUCUAAGGAUGUGUAAGUUGAUUAUGUGAACCAUGUCCAGUUAUUUUAAAGUUGUAACCGUUGUCACAAUCACAAACAUACUGCAAGUAAUUUUGCCUUGUAAUGGACUUUGUGCUAAACUUAUUAAUAUUUUGUUAAUACCUUUUUUUACUAUGUCCAUUCCUGGGACCCUAUAGACAGAUAGUGCCUGCAUUUCUGCAUCAGGGCCAACUCAACUGUGUUUGCAACAGAUGGACACAGUCAAGCGAAGACAAACAUUUAUUGUGAAGUGAGAAAAUGCUAUAUUAAGUCUGUGGCAUCUAGAAGCUAAAGGUGCAAACACACAUGUACAUGAAGUAUUUCUGGUCUUCACUCGUAAUAAAUUUUAAUAAAUUA